UCUGCAUUAUACUAUCGGUGGGAGGGACCUACGAUGCUAUGGACGAGAUGAGUGAGAGAAGCGGGGCGGAACAGGAUGGAUUGGACAUGAAUGGCUUGGAUGAGGCGUGACCGCCGGGAUUGGGUAUGAGGAUUCAGAGCGUUACUGACCGACUACCUUCUUGGUUGCUUUGCGAUUGCAGAUGAAGGUCGAAAUCGACUCGUUCUCCGGCUACCGUAUCUACCCCAGCAAGGGCAGGCUGUUCGUCCGUGGCGACAGCAAAAUCUUCCGUUUCGCGACCUCGAAAAAUGAAUCCCUCUUCCUGCAGCGCAAGAAUCCGCGCAAGAUCGCAUGGACACAGGUUUACCGUCGGAUGCACAAGAAGGGCAUCACGGAGGAAGUUGCGAAGAAGCGUUCGCGCCGGACUGUGAAGCACCAGCGUGGCAUCGUUGGUGCCGACCUUGCCUCCAUCAUCGCCCGCCGCAACCAGACCGCGCAGGCGCGUAACGAAGCCCGCCAAGCCGCCAUCGCUAAGGCUAAGUCGGAGAAGCGGGAGAAGGAGAAGGAUAAGGCUACGAACAAGCCCAAGGCUCCUCGGGGACCCGCUGGCGCCCCCAAGAUCUCGAGACAGCAGAUGAAGGGUUCCAAGGGCGGUCGUUGAGUCGGGUUGGGUUGCACUUAUGGAUCCGUUUGUAUGGCAUAUGCUGCCCGGCACGCUACGACAGGGCGAAUGGCAAUUCAUCAUGCACCAUGCUUUUCAUGUACAGUCGUUGGCUCGCGGUGUCAGUCCGUCGCCUUGUUUCUGCACUCUUCGCUAUCGAUCUCAAUGUAUGACGACUACAUUUCCGUCUGCUUCGCCCGGGACGAACGAAGGGUGUAUGUGUUAUCCGAAGUUCUGCCGUAUACGUAC